AGUAGAGCCCUUCCGUGGUUGAAACAGCGAAGAAGAAACAGGAGGCGGAAGAAGAAACUUGAUUAAAGUGGGAAAAUGCGCAGAAGAAGAAGUAACUAUAUAUUUACAAAAAAGAAAAAACCCCACAACGGACACUUGACUGUCAGUUUAAAACAAGGUUACACAGUUAUCUCAGAGGUAUAUAUGACAUAUAGUUUGUUUAAAAGCAAAAUAGAAAUAAUUGCGUACUUACUGGACUCGUCCUGUGUUUGAAACUUGCCUUAUCGCACUCGUCAAACCUUACAGGAAGAGGAAACAAGCGUUAAUUUUAGCUAGUCCAGUUCGUUAGUGACACUAGCUAAUAGUUAGCCGCUGAGGUGGGUUGCGUGUGAGCUUAAGGCGUCAACAGUUACUAUUUUUCCUGUGGUGUAAUCAUCGUUUGAUACCUUAUGUAGUAGAAGUAUUUGCAGGUUAGCCAGCGAUAGAUGAAACACUGCAUCAUGUGAGCCGUGCGAAAGCCUUUUGACACCCAGAAAUGGCCACUGAUAUGUUGGACCAGAGUGUUGCUGUUAAGAACCCCCAGUCUCACUUUUGUAUGGGACCCUGGGGAAAAUUUUGCAAUAGAUUAUGGAUUUAGGAAAUCCUCCUUUAUGGGAUUCCGACUUUACUGCUGUAAUUGACAUGGAGAAAGGAGCAGCUGAGAAGGAAAUGGAUGAUGAAGAGAUCCCUGAUGGCGACACUGCCUCAGUGGCUGACUUAAGUCAGCGGCAGGGCAGAGAGACUGAUGAUGACUGUGAGGAGGAGGACAAAACAGCCUAUCUUAAAUCUCAGGAAAUCCCAAAUCCAUCUACUCCACAACUCUCAGGAGCUGAUGAAGCAGAGUAUUGUGGAUCCAUGGAGGCUACAGAGGAUACUGAGGAGGUUUCUGGUGGGUUUGAACAUGAAAGCAGUACAGAUCAUGAGAACUCACAGGUCAUAAAUCAAGAAGAGGAUGAAGCUGCAAAGGAGCAGCACAUGAAUGGGGAAUCUGGCUGGAGAAGUAUGGGAAGUGGAAGGAAGUGCAAAUUAAGAAGCAGUGGAUCAGUGUUAGAGCAGAGCAAUCAGAGUUCUUUUUACUCCUUUCCAAAAGGCAAUGUCAUGUCAGGUGGCAGUCGGCACAAGCAGACACGCAGACGGAACCACCACCACCAUCAGCAGAACCGGGGUCGCCGGCGGACAGGCAACCAACUUGUCUUUGCUUUCAAAGAGAUGCUUUCAGAGUCUCUGAGCCUUUGGUGCAUCUCAUGCAUCCACAUGUUGAUUGAAAUUAUCGUGACUUUAACUCACAAUUGUGGAGUUGGAGUGGAGAUGGGAGUUGUAAAACUUUACAACUUUGGGCAGCGGAUACUUGUAAAAAUGACUGAUAUACCCGGAUUGAAGGCAGAUGUUGGUCGAAUUCUGAAAUGGACAAAACACACAGGAACUGACCUACUGGAGAAAACCGUGAGGUCAGUAAAGUGGGUAAAGACAGCGGUUUUAUCUGGUUUUGGAUUUUUUUGUGCUUUAGCUAUUAUCAGUUCUCAGUGGUCAAAGGAGAUGUUGAUCCGCAUCGGUGGAGAGAGGGGGAAACGCUAUUGGACAACUUUUUUGGAGUCAAGGUUUUGGAAGAGAGUUGUAUCCCUGCUAGACAGAAUUCGAAGUCGGUUCAGGAAGGAACAUCAUGUGCCACAGUUCACACCUGACUCACCCGGUAGAACAGGAAGAGGUGAGCCAGACCAGGAGUUGGAGAGACUGCUAGCAUUGGCUGAGGUACCAGAGGAUGAGCUCGACCCCUUUACAGUGCUCGGUGUAGAGGUGCAUGCCACAGAGACUGAGCUGAAGAAGGCCUACAGACAGCUGGCUGUCCAGGUUCACCCAGACAAGAACAAACACCCACGAGCAGGAGAGGCGUUCAAAGUUCUCAGGGCAGCCUGGGAUAUUGUCAGUAACCCUGAAACACGACGGGAGUAUGAAUUGAAGCGCAUGGCAGCAACUGAGCUCUCAAAGUCCAUGAAUGAGUUUCUCACCAAACUGCAAGAUGACCUGAAGGAAGCGAUGAACACCAUGAUGUGUACAAAAUGUGAAGGCAAGCACAAGCGAUUCGAGAUGGAUCGGGAGCCUGCUGAAGCCCGGUUCUGUGCUGAAUGCAACCGUUGCCAUAGUGCUGAGGAGGGGGACCUGUGGGCCGAGUCCAGCAUGUUGGGCCUACGCAUCACAUAUUUUGCUUGUAUGGAAGGAAAGGUGUAUGAUAUUACAGAGUGGGCAGGUUGCCAAAGAAUAGGCAUCUCCCCUGACACACAUCGUGUGCCGUAUCACAUCUCCUUUGGCUCAAAGAACAGCAACACCGCACGGCACAGGGCAUCAUCAGAACAUGCCCCAGGUCCGACAAACCCGGCCGACUUGCAGGACUUCUUCAACAGAAUCUUCAAGGGCGGACCACCUAAUGACAUGGCUGCCAAUGCAAACUUUUUCCCCUCAGGUCCGCCUCAUCAUCACCCACCGGGUGCUGGAGCAAGUCCGUUCUCCCCUCCCCCCGGUCCCACAGGUUUCUACAUGCCAGGGGGGCAGCGACCAGAUUCCAAUGAGACCUGGACUGACAGUGGAAAACCCCCUCGAAGGAGGAAGAAGGUCCGUAAACCUUUUCAAAGGUGAAGUCCGUUGACUUGCAAGUGUAUCAAAAUCACAGCGCAGGGACACAAUAAAUAAUGGCCAUGUUUGUCUCGCCUGCCUCUUGGCAUUCCAAGACCUGACCUGGAGACGGUUCAUGGGUGCACGUCUGCAGUGAGAUUAGCCAAAGCAGUGAGACUGAUCAUAAAGAGGAGCCAGUUUACUGAAUGUGAGAAUCGAAGGUUGAAGAGGUGGCAGCAACACCUUGUUUUGUUGGUCUUAAAAAUGACUGUAGCCUUUGAAAUUGAAAUCCUUUUUAGGAUGCUGUAAUGAAACAUUUUUCUUUUCAUUAUUUCCUGCCAAAUCCAUCGUCAAUGCAUGAUUUAUUCACCUGCAUUUUAAUGCUUCAGUUCUCUCACUUUUGCUGCUGUAUAAGGUUAUUUCAACACAUCAGUUCCAGACAGAAGGACAGUUGAGGAGAGGGUUAGAUUAGAUCAGAUUUAUAGCUCACUUAACGGAAAAAUGAAGGUGAGGGUCUGCGCAGCUUCACUGGGUCAGUGCUACUGUUAUUAGUUGUUUGCAUCUGCUUCUGGAGCAGUGCCUCGCCCUCCAUAUUUCAAGAGUUAAUACCAAAUCAACCAAACCCAACUCAUCUGAACCACAUUAACAAAGAUAAAGCAACUCUUUAUGGAAAUGCAGAAUGCUUUUUACUUACAGAAGAAUAAUUAGUCAGCUUCAAAUUUUGGGAAGUUUCUGUAGGAAAAAUUAGCCAGGGAUCCAUCUGAUCAAAGUCACUGGGGGACAAUAUGGAGUUUCCAAGAAAGUAAAAAUAGACAGUUAACUUUGGGAAAGUGUGGGCAUAAAAUGUAGUACUGCCAUGUACUAUAUCUUAUUCAGUACAAUGCUGUAGUGCUGGUAUCUUUACCACCAAAACCAUACCAUGCUCCAUGACCACUCAUUAACAGAAUUUGCCUUCAUUAGCUACACAUCUACAGCUCUAUUUAAAAUUUCUAAAAGUUCAAUUAAAAUUUGUGUAGAUGAUAAAUAAAAUCCUGAUAGGAAAGUAAAAUUUCACUAGUUAACCAACAGUUUAUCAGCUGCUUGAGUUGUACAUGUUUAUAGUUAAUCCGACAUGAUGCUGACCAGCAUGUAAUCAUAGCGCUGUCACAUCUUUCUUUUCAUCAUCUAGACUGCCGUCUUCAUUUCAGUUUCAGACAUAACACUAGUUUGAUCCGGUAAGUGAUAAAAACUGUUAAUGCUGCUACAUUGUUGAUUUACAUUGUUUUUCAGGCAGCUGCUGAAAAACUAAAUUUCCAGUCAUGUCAGUUUUGACCUUUUGUUCAUUUUAUGCCAGUAAGAUGUUUCAUAGCAUCUUAAGUCAUGACUGUUUAAUACCAGCCAUCUUGGUUAUUAUUACAAACAAAAUUAUAUGUCCUUCAUCGUCCUCUUGUUUAUUACCCCCCCACUUCCGCCAGUGUGUAAUGCUAUCUUGAUGGUUCAUUACAGCGUUGGCAGUCAUGUGCUACAGGCUCUUAUUCAAUUACAGUUAAUGUGGUUCAGGUUUGAACGUCACAGAUUCACAGAAAUAAGAGUAAAAAUCUAUAAACAACUGAUUUGCUUGCAGUUUCCACAGCGAUACUGGUUGUAACAACACGAAGGAGUCAGCUGUGUUGACAUGAGCCUUGGAUAGCAAGUACGCUUAAAUUUUAAUCAUAGCUUCAUUUAGAAAAAACAAAAAGAAAAAAAAACGGCUAUUAUUGUUUACAACUGACACGAGGAUUGUCAGAAUGAAGUGAUAUGGUAAUAAUGUGCGAUAAGGCAUUUGAUAAAGGCUAUUUUAUAUAUUUGCAGCUUUUGUUUGUGUUAAUUUCCUUUUGUUUUAAUUUGCACACCCACCACUGAAAUAACAUCUGCCAUCAGUGAGUUAGCCAAAACCAGUCUCCUCCAGCUGCAGCUGAGAAGGAGGUGUAGCCCGACAAGUUAACGUUUCACUAGCAAUUUUUAAUUUUUUUCCCCCUGCAAAACAAAUUCUGAUUGCACAACCAUUACACCCUGGAGAAAAAUAUGGGAACUAUUGUGUGAUAUUCUAAUGUGCAGCUUAAAAGGAGCAAAUAUAGUUUGAGAUUAUUUAAGCAGGAUGAAAAGUUUGCCAUGCUUCUGUUUGUCAGAACGUUUUUGUUUAUAGUGUUUGACCAGUUUUCUAUACAAGGAGUAAUUGAUUUGAGUCUAAAUAACCAGUUUAAAACACAAAAACUAGUCCUGAAUUGGCUUUUUUAAGUUAAACUCUGCACCAAACUAUAAAUAUCACAACUAAAAAUGACCUUUACUGAGAGGGCAGAGUAAAAUUUUAAUUGUAGGAAGAUAAGAGACAAACAAAUGAUUCAUAUUUGUUAAAACAUUUUUUUCUUGUCGCAUUAUUAGUUGUAUCCAUAUUUUCAGAAGGUUAAAUUUCAAUGAUCUGCUUGAGUCCCUGUUUAGGAAACUGGACCCACAGCCAUGAGCAUGCUCAACAUGACGCUUUAUUCUAACACUUUGUGAUUUGAGAAUGUGCAGUGGUGUGUUUAAAGAGGUAGCAAAAGUCCAAGAAGUCAAUGAAAGAGCCGACACUCCAGAGUUUGUUUUUUUUGUGUGUUUUUUUUGACAGAAUAUGCAGAAUUAUUGCAAAAAAUAUUUGACAAUCAUCAGGGUUAUUUGUCGGGAAUUGUGUGGUGAGUUCCCGGCUGACGAAGUUUUAAAAAUAUCACUGUUCGGUUUGUUUCCCCUGCUUUCUCCGGUUUUCAAAUAAAGGUGAUUUCCUAUA